AUGUAUCAUUUGGGCAUGUACAAAGUGUCAACAUUAAAAAUAAAUAAAGUUUGUCGUAUUUGUUUAACAGAAACUAAUGAUCUAAUAUUGCUUUUAAUUAAUCAAGAAAAAACAGAAUAUCCAGGUAUAUUAGAAAAAAUACAAGAGUGUGGUGGAGUUCAGUUAAGCGAAGAAUAUGGAACACCUAUUUUUAUUUGCAACAACUGCAUUGAUAAUACUAAAAUAGCAUAUAAAUUUCGACUUCAGUGUCAGUAUUCCGAGACAAAACUUCGAUUACUACAUGAAAAAUUUAUCCAGCAACGUAUUCAAGUAUCACAUCACCAGCAAAACUUAACAGAAACUUCAAACUCAUCAACAGGAAGCCAAAACUCAUCCAAAUUAAUAAUCGAUGAAGUUAUUUCAACAAGCGAAGAUGGAAAUUGUUUAGAUGUUCCUUUACAAACUGAUGAAGUCAAAAAAGAAAACAAAAAAGUUGAUGAUGGUAGUUCAAUUUCAGAUCAAUUUGAACGUUCUGAUGCUGGAAGUAUAAGUGAGAACAAAUGUGUCAAACGAAAAUACAAUCGUAAAAAAAUUCAAUGCCAACGAUGUUCUGAAAUUUUUAUUAGUCAAGAAACUUUGGCUCAUCAUUUGUUCAAUAAUCAUGGUGAAAAAUAUAAGUGUCUAUGGUGUCCAGAGACUUUUGAUACUUUAAAGUUGAUGAAAAGUCACAAAGUGACCCAUGAUCUUCGAGAUCGUCGUAGACGGCGAAGUUAUAGUCGAUGUAGUAAUGAGUCAGCCAAUGGAGCUACAAUAACUGUUAACAAAAAAAAAUUUCGCUCUCUUCAUGAAGAUAAUUAUGAUCAUCAACUUUGUAUUGACAAUAACAAUGAUGAUAAAAGUAAUUCAUCCACAAAUACUGUAAAUUUUGUCGAGAAUGAAGAUUAUCAAGAGUUUAAUAAAAAGGACAGUAAUGAAGGUGCUUCUAAAAGUAGCCGGACAGCUAAUAAUCAAUCAAUUGGAAGUGAAAAUAGUCAAGUUGUUGAGAAAAAUUAUGGACCGCCCAAAGCAACCACAGGUGACAUAGAAUUAAAUGAUGGAAAAAAUAUAAAAAAAUCUAAAAUUUGCUAUCAUAAAAUACGACUUAAGAAUUUUAUUUUACAUAAAUGUGAAAUAUGUCGUCGUAAAUUUGAAAACAUCAGAAAAUUGAAUCGACACAUACGUAAUCAUAUUUCAAAACAUAUUUGCAAUUUAUGUAAUCAAGCUUUUGUAAGCCAAAGAAAGGUUGAUAAGCAUAAAAAAAAGGAUCAUUGCGCAGAUAAAAUAGAUAUUGACGAGUCAAGAAUUUGUUUUUUCUGCAACAAAGUGUUUGCGUCCAGUCAUCAACGUUUUAAACACGAAAAAAAAGUGCACUGGGAACUGGAAAAAUAAUAAUAAUAUCAAAAUACUUUUAUUUUUCU